GUCCGAGCGAACGAAGGUGGUGGUGGGUUCGCUUGCUUCGCGCGCGCAGCAACUCCGAUUCCCCGGUUUCGUUUCCACGCGCACACGCGCACGCGAGGGUGCGUACUCGUGUGUGCGUGCGUGCGUGUGCCCGGAGCAGCGACGGAGUCCUCCGGAGGGGCACGGAAAGGAACGGCAAAGCCAGUCGUCGCGCGGCAGUGGUGCGUUGCGUGUCGACGCACGUCGGUCGUCGAACGCCGAGCCGGACCAACGAGCGAACGGAGAACGAUAUUCUCGGCGCGGUGUGACAUGUUCGCCAGACGUUGAACCGCGCGCGUAAGAAUUCUCUCUCUUUCUCUCUCCUCUCGUGCGAGGAAAACGACGAGGCUCGCGCGCCGUAAUCCGGUGACGGAGCCGUAAACGCGCCCGGAGGUGUGCGUGUGUGUGCCGUGUGUGUGUUUGUACGCGGCGCGAAACCGGACCUCUCUUCGCCGACACCGAUUUCCCUUGUCCCGUUCCCUCCUGGCCGCCGCGUUGACAUCGCCUGCACGUUCGGCGAAGAAGGGAAGAAGGGAUAGGAAGGAUAAAAGAAAGGAGGAGAAGAAAUCACGCCCGGCAUGUACUCCGACGGCCACGAGGUGGACGGCAGCUGGGUGCUGCGCGUCUUCGUGACGGAUCUGCAGGUCGAGAGGAGUUUACGCGUGAAGGGUGAGCUGCACAUCGGCGGUGUCAUGCUGCGCCUCGUCGAAGAUCUCGACAUCGCUAUGGACUGGUCGGACCACGCGCUUUGGUGGCCGGAACGGAAUCACUGGCUGACCAGGACGCGCAGCACCCUGGACCAGUACGGCGUGGCGGCGGACGCGCUGCUGCAUUUCACGCCGAUGCACAAGACCCUGCGGGUGCAAUUGCCGGACAUGCGGUGCCUCGACUGCCGCGUCGACUUUUCCGUCAAGACGUUCAACGCGGUCAUCAAUUUGUGCAAGGAACUCGGCAUUAGACAUCCGGAGGAGCUCUCGUUCUGCAAGCCGCUCGAGCCGAAUCACCUGAAAUACAAUCUCAAGGAUCUGCCGGUCAAGAAGAAGAUCGAGAAUCAGAAGAACGGGCACUGGAACGUAUCGGCCGAUACGAAUACCUUUAUCCCGGCCAGCCAGAGUCCCAGGGGAUCUACAGGAAGCUUAGAUCAAUCGAGCCCAUUCAUGUGCGCGCCAGUUACGCCCAACAACAGAAAUCACAGCACGCCGAUCAGCUCACCCGUCUCGCACACCGGCACGUGGAAGAGGAACAACAAUUCAUCCGGCUUCGGCAGCACCGGCUCCUUCAACGCCAAUAACAGCACUAUGAGCCUGGAGGCGUUGAACGGCGGGCUGACGGAGUCCCUGGCGCAGAGUCCGACGUCGAUCUCGCCGGAGGUGCGGGUGAAGCUGAUCAGGCCGAAGAGCCUGAUCGAGAGGGCGAGGAUGAACGUCGGCUGGCUGGACUCCUCCCUGUCGAUCAUGGAGCAGGGUAUCCGCGAAUUCGACACGCUCAGGCUGAAGUUCAAAUUCUAUUCCUUCUACGAUCUGAAUCCGAAGACCGACGCGGUGCGCAUCAACAUGAUUUACGAGCAAGCCAAGUGGCAAUUGCUCGCGGAGGAGAUCGACUGCACCGAGGAGGAAAUGCUGAUGUUCGCGGCGCUUCAGGUACAAGUGAAUCUUCAAGCGAGCGUGCCGCAGCCCACGUACGACAGCAACGGAGCGACUUCGCCCGUCGAGGACGACAUCGACGCGGCCUUGACGGAUCUGCAGGUGACCCUGGAGGGCAGCAACAUCAGCAACGGGCCCAGCGAUAUCACGCAGGUGCCUGAGCUCUGCGACGAGCUGCGUUUCUUCAAGCCGAAGCGUUUCACGCUGAAGGCCUUCAAGCGUUAUUGGUUCACGUGCCGCGAUCUCCAGCUCAGACUCUACAAGAGCAGGGAGGAGACGGGCGGCUCGGAGUCGCCGGUCUACGUGAUCAAUUUGCGCGGCUGCGAAGUCACGCCGGACGUACAUCUGUCGCAAGGUCGCUAUGGGAUCAGACUGGAGGUGCCCAGCGCCGAAGGCAUGACCGAAAUGUGGAUAAGAUGCGACAACGAACAACAAUACGCAAAAUGGAUGGCCGCGUGCAGAUUAGCGGCCAAGGGCCGCACCCUCGCCGACGCGUCCUACGAGAGCGAGGUCAACAGUAUCAUAGCUUUCCUGCAACUGCAGAGGCCCGCGCCCGCGCCGGCCAUCAAUCCGAACGCCUUGGACAUCGUACCGGAAGACUAUGUCGCGCCGAGAUUCGCGAAGAAGUUGAAAGGAAAGCUGGUUCAAAGAAUCUUGGAAGCGCACGCGAACGUUAAAGACCUGCCCCUCAUCGAGGCGAAGCUGAAUUACAUCAAGGCCUGGCAGUCCCUGCCGGAAUACGGUAUCUCGCUCUUCAUCGUGCGAUUUACCGGUAAGAGCAAGGACGAGCUGUUAGGUAUCGCCAAUAACAGGCUAAUGCGAAUGGACCUUCACAAUGGCGAUCAUUUAAAGACUUGGAGGUAUAAUACUAUGAAGGCGUGGAACGUUAACUGGGAAGUGAAGCACAUGAUGGUACAAUUCGAGGAAGAGAAUAUCAUUUUUGAAUGUCAGUCAGCGGACUGCAAGGUUGUCCACGAAUUCAUAGGAGGCUACAUCUUCCUGUCGAUGCGCUCGAAGGAGGCGAAUCAAACGUUGAACGAGGACUUGUUCCACAAGUUGACCGGUGGAUGGGUUUAAUCCGGUACUGCGAUGAGUGCAUAAAACCGAAACGGGUUCUAACAUAUUCUCAGAAGCGAUGAUGAGAUUAUCUACAUGCGUCGCGCGCCUCGUUGCGUGCCUGUUCAAGGACCGAUGUUUUUGCAUGCCGAUUGACACUUGUAAAAAUGCUUAAAUCUGGUCGUAUUUAUCAUGUUUUAACACUGAAUGCUGUAAAUAGAAUAUUAUGUCCCUUUUAUGCGCGGAAGUGUUUUAGCGAUUAUAUACACUUAAUUUUUAUUCGACAGGAGGCUACUUCCGAAAAAUGUUUACCAAUGCGUUUACCUUAUUUACAAGGUACUAACAAUAUUGACAAACGUUAUAAUCACGGCCUCUUUUCCAAGAAAAAAUAAUCAUCCGUUUUAUAUAUUUACAAUGGUUUUAUAAAUAGAUAUUUGCGACACUGUAUUUUACAAAGAUGGAGAUUAUACUUUUAUACGAAACUUUUUCUACUUACUUGAAAGAAAAAUCAAUCAUUGAAUAUCGAAUUUAGGAACAAAUAUGUCAAGCCCGCACAAGUAAAAAAAUCUACGAAACAUAUCGUGGUGUGUUAGGUAAUCUGCCACAAAGAAAAAAUGUUCGAUUUCAAUUCUUUAAAGGAAGUGAUAAUAUGAAGCCCCGCCCGCGGUUUCGAAUGAUUUAUACACCACGGCCGUUAAAUAUUUAAUUUAAAAAUUCUUUUAAACUAGCGAUUUGUUUUACGUCGCAUGAGGAACUUUUUAAUCCUUGUAAUCCUCCCCCUCACAAUGCGUGUCAGUGUCCUCUUCAGUAUCCCAAGGUGCUAUACUAACCGAGCUCGACUUUACAACGCAAGAGAUCGAAGUGUAAAUUAUUUGUUAUUUUAAUGUAAAUUAGAUGUAGAAGAAUUAUAUCACUUAUACCGUUAUAUAUUACAUUCACAGGAGAUACCCCGUUAUAUGUGUAUGUAACAAAAAAAAAGAUUAUAGUUUUGUAUAUUAAUAGGCAGUAACUCUGUACAAUAAACUUAUUAAUGUA